UGCGUGCCCAGCCUCCCUGGCGGGACUCGAGCGGCUCCCUGCUCCCCGCAGGCCCUGAGGCCGCAGAAGCGCGCGGAGCGGCGAUGAGCAGGCGGCCGGCGGCCCGCGGGGCUCGGAGCCCGUGAUAGCCUCCACCGGGUGGGCGCCGCGAUGGAGGCCGAGGGCCUGGACUGGCUCCUGGUGCCGCUGCACCAGCUGGUGUCCUGGGGCGCGGCCGCGGCCAUGGUCUUUGGAGGGGUGGUGCCCUACAUCCCGCAGUACCGGGACAUCCGCAGGACGCAGAACGCUGAUGGCUUCUCCACGUACGUGUGCCUGGUGCUGCUAGUGGCCAACAUUUUGCGGAUACUAUUCUGGUUUGGAAGGCGCUUUGAGUCCCCGCUGCUGUGGCAGAGCGCCAUCAUGAUCCUGACCAUGCUGCUGAUGCUGAAGCUGUGCACGGAGGUCCGAGUGGCCAACGAGCUCAACGCCAGGCGCCGCUGCUUUGCAGCUGCAGAUAGCAAGGAUGAAGAAGUCAAGGUCGCCCCCAGGCGGUCCUUCCUGGACUUUGACCCCCACCACUUCUGGCAGUGGAGCAGCUUCGCGGACUACGUGCAGUGUGUCGUGGCCUUCACGGGCCUGGUGGGCUACAUCACCUACCUGUCCAUUGACUCCACCCUGUUUGUGGAGACCCUGGGCUUCCUGGCCGUGCUGACCGAAGCCAUGCUGGGCGUGCCACAGCUCUACCGCAACCACCGCCACCAGUCCACGGAGGGCAUGAGCAUCAAGAUGGUUCUCAUGUGGACGAGCGGUGAUGCCUUCAAGACAGCCUACUUCCUGCUGAAGGGCGCACCCCUGCAGUUCUCUGUGUGCGGCCUGCUGCAGGUGCUGGUGGACCUGGCCAUCCUGGGGCAGGCCUACGCCUUUGCCCACCACCCUCCGAAGCCGGCACCUCACACCGUGCACCCCGCCAGCACCAAGGCCCUUUGAGGGUGGAGAGGACGAGGAUGUGGGACCGCCAGCCUUGGGCACUGGUGGGCCCUGACCUCCCCACGGGGAGGGUGGGUGCUGUGGCCCCUGCAGGUGUGGGGGAGAUGGGGUCCUGGUGUCAGAGUCUCUGUCAGUCUCUGUGGGGUCUCUCUGGGUGGGCAGUGGGGGUGGGGCUGGGAUGCCGUUUGUGCUCAACAGGUCGGCCAGGGUGGAUCUGACCCCGAGCUCUGGGUUUCGGGUGUUUUCAGGGUGAUAAUAGAAAGCAAGUGUUUCUCCUGUUUCCUCUCACGAAACACCACCUGAGCCCAAGGUACACAUGGGGAGGCGGAAGGCAGCCCACGGGACCCUGCUCCAGGUGGACAUACGGGCCAGCGGCCUCCAGCCAUGAAGCUGUGGGGGCCUCGGGAUACCCACAAGUCCUGUGAGCAGAGCCCUCAACCUUGAAAGACCCUGGCCGGAUCCCCUGCUUGGACUGGGGUGGCCUCUGCUGCUAGGGACCGGCAUAGGGGCAGGCCGGGGUUUUCUCUUCCUGGCACGUGUGGAAAGGCAGCUGUGGGGAUGCAGGGUCACCUGCUCCUGCUUUCCUGGGCGGUCGGAGCGGCUGCCUCCUGAGGCGCAGACAGGCCCAGGCGCCCUGAGGUUCUGCUGUGUCCAGCCUCGCAGGGCAUCGCCAGAGCAAGCUCAGGCUGCUCUUGCCAGAGGCUCUGCUUCUCCUUGAGUCCUUGGGGACGUGGCAGAUGCUGGCGACCGUCAGACAACGUGGAGGCCCUGGUGGGCGAAGGCCGAGGGGGCCGGGCUGAGGCCCCUGCACGCCACCCCUGGGCUCCUCUGGCAGAGAUCCCUUCCUUCUGGGCGCUGACUGUUCCGCCGGAUGCAGCUUAGCUGUCUCUCUUCCAGGAGAGAGAUGGCCUCGGUCCAGGAAGCGGAGGGGGCUGGUCCUGGCUGAUGGCCCCUCGCCCUGCCGUCCUGGACUUUUGGCCUGAAGCAAAUUCCUGAGUGGGGUGGUGGCCCUGCCGGGUGCUGUCCCGUCCCCUGUCCCUUGCCCGCCCCCGUGUGCCAGCUCAUGCAGUUCUGGCUGCAGUGGGAACCACUGGUCUGACCCUUGUCACCCCACGUUCUGCCCCCACCCCAUUUUCAGUUUAACUCGAGGUCGCACCGUGUCAGCACCACUGCGCUGACUGCGGCUGGCCCCCAGGCCUCAGAGUUCUGGAUGCUUCCAUGCGGCUCCAACAGGCCGUCGUCUUCCCCUCCGCGGGCGCAGGGGCCGCUUCCCACAGGCCUCUGAACGCAACGCCGGGCGGUGGCUGUGGUCGUGGCGAGAUGCUCCAGGCUGCCUCCUCCUCCUGCGUUUCCUCAGAAAAACUUGAAUGUCUGAGUGAGGGUCCUGCUUUGCUCUCUGGCUUGUGAGAUGCUUUGAAAAUUUUUAUUUUUUAAAGAUGAAGCAAUUAAUAGCGGUAAUUGCCUCACAUUAAAAUGUCACCGAUUGCAGGCGCGGUGACUGCUGAAUGUACCCCCCGUGGCGACUUGGAAUCAAUAAACCGUGUGUGGAUC